UAAGUGAGUCUAAUUGAUCUAAUUGAUCCUCUAUCUGGACUGUGAUGGACUUGGGCUGUAGAUGGAGGAGCUGAACACGCUGUCCUGAAUGUAGGGAUAUUGUCUCUAAUUCGUUACCACAGUUAGAUGGCGGUAAUGCUCUUUUAAGAAAGCGAAUCGCCAAUAAGAUCGAAGAAGAAGAAGCAGCAGCUUAGCUCGCUUGAGUGUGAUCACGAGCCGUGCUCGUGCACUGUAUUUUUCGGGUUGUUGCCUGUCGAGGUGUCUGGACAUGGAGCGCAAAGCGAAAGACUACAAAAUGCAUAUGAGGCUUAAGAAAUUCAGAGAGGCACUAAUCAAGGAAAUGUUAGAGCAAAGCACUGUUACACACCCACCAAGACUGGAGACCGCUUUGACAGGGCGGCGAGGGACAGAGCUGACCGUGGGGUUUGCCAUCAUGACAGAGGGACACACAGCGAAGUAGGUUUCAGUGGACAGAUGGAAGGCAUCCAUCAUCUGCACAAUUGUGGGAACGUGUCCUACAAUAUCUCAGGAAGUUCCUGCUGUAAUGGUAAUAUAUCUCCGGGAUUGAGUCAGCUGGUGGCUGACUGCUGUGGUUCUGUAGCUUACAAUCCACUUAAUGAGAUUUGCUGUGAUAGCAAGGUUCUGACUCAAAGCAGCACUCAUGUGAAAUGCUGUGGCAAAGACAUGUACCUGACAACGACUCAUAUGUGUUGCGGUGGUAACAGAAUAUUUAAUCGGAAGGAAAAUCUUUCUUGUUGUGGCAAUACAACAUUUGACAAGACAACCCACUGCUGCUGUGCUAACCCUGAACUAGUAGUAAUGCCUAAACAUGAAACUUGCUGUCCGAAAGCAACAGAUGAAAUGAAAGAAUCCCAGCAAGGCUCUCCUCCCACUCUCACACUCCCCAAAAACUCAGAACCGAAGUGUCGAACAAUACCCUUCAAUCCUCAGGAAAAAAUGUGUUGCUCAGGGAAACUUUAUAAGGCAUCAGCGCUUACUAAGUGCUGUGGUGAACACGUUUACACUCUGUCAGAUGACAGUGUGCUGUGCUGUAAUGGAGUCCUUCAUCGCAAUGUGCCUGAGCAGUCAGAGUGUGUUGGAGGUGUAAUAUAUACUGCAGCAAACACUACUUGCCAAAUGUCGACCCGUCCACGUCUUGGCGAGCACUGCUGUGGAGGACAAACCUUCAAUCCUCGUACACACAUUUGCUGUAACGGCCACAGCCACAACAAGAUGAAUGGCAAUUUCUGUUGUGGUUCAGAAGUCUAUGACCACCACAACCAGUUCCUGAGAUGCUGCUCAGGUCACCUCUACAACCUAACCCAGUCACGUGGAAAAGCAGAGUGCUGUGGAAACCUAUUGCUGCAAUAUAAUAACAAUCAAACUUGCUGUUCCUCCUCAACCAAUUCCAUAAUUUAUCAGACCAAACCAAAGCACCGUUGCUGUGGGCUUUACUACUACAACACGUCUCUGUGGAGCUGCUGUGCUGAACAUCUCAAACCAACACCAAAGCCUAACAGCUCUCCAGCAGAAUACAGAAUUAAACCACUAAUGGACCUGAUCCCUGAAAUGUGCAAUAAGACAGUGUUCUUUGGCAAAGUGGAGAGUGUGGCACUUGCAAAUUAUCAGCGUCACGUUGUGUUGAAAGUUGUUGGGCAGGUCAAUGUAAAAUCAGAAAAGGUCAUCAAAGACCCUUGGCUUCAUGUGUCCUUGGAUCACUGCAACUCUCCUGCCACAGACAACGGCAUGACCUACCUUUGGGAGGAAAACCACAAUGGGAAGUACAAGCUUCUCUCUCACCCUGUUGACCUAACAUCUGACAUCUACAUGUUCUAUUCUGUAUGUUACCAAAAGAAGGGAUAGACUGAUGGAUUGAGGUCUGUUUCCCAUCGUUUCCAAAGCAUGCUGUUUUUCAUUAGAUUUCUGUACUGAAGAUAAUAUUUUUAUCCGAAUACUAUUUUAUCAUUAAUGCUAAAUUACUCUGGUAUGUGAAAGGCCGCUAUAUAUGAAAGCUAAGAACUUUUGUCCCCUUAAGUUUUUGAAUUCUCUACUGUGAGCAGCAUUAUGGCAGAUGCAUCACAUAUUGUGAACCCGUGAAUUUUGCCUCAUUGGUUAAUUUUAUUUCAACUUAAUAAUGGAUUAACCCUGUAUGGUGUGUGCAAAAGGGAUAGUUCUCCCAAUAAUGAGAAUUUGCUCCUAAUUUACUCACCUUUAGUCUAUAUAAGUUGCAGGUGACUUUUUGCUGAGUAGAAGAUUUUUAGCUGAUACCAUGGUUUUUGGUCAUUCAUCAAAUGCAAGUCACCGGCUGCCCGUUUUAGAAAGAAAAAUAAAUUAAUAUCAAGGAAGAAAAUAUAAAUACCCAUUGCUCCUAACAGUAUAUUGAGAAUUGAUUAGUCUGUGCAAUAAACAUGGUUUUACAUGUCUAAAGCAUGUAAAGUAAAUAAACUGUUUAGCAUCAACCCACCUUUUUACAUGAAGAGAAAUCAUACUUUAACCAUAAAAAUUUUACAGAAUUGAUUUUUGAUUGAUGAACAAUCAACUGUUUCAAAUGAUUCGGUCCAAUUUGUUGAACUGAUUCAACUACCAAAAGAAUUAGUAAAAAAAAAAAAGAAAUCAUAAUAAAUCCUCUUUACCAAUUUACUGAAGAGUAAAAGUCACCUACAUCUCGGAUGAUCUGAGGGUGGGUAAAUUAACAGCAAAUUUUCAUUUCUGGGUAAACAAGUCCAUUAAGCUAUUUCGUUAAAAGCAUCUGCCUAAUGAAUAAAUGUAAUCAGUUUUUAGGUUUGUAUAGUUAAUAUAAAAAUGUAAAAAAAUUACAAUCAAAUAGAAAAGUUUUUUUAUUAUUAUUAUUCAUAUUGAGUUCUCAUUUAAGCUUUAAAACUUUUAAAAUCUAAAUAGCUAUGCAGUCUUAAGGCCAGUUUUACUAAACGGGGUAAAUUGGCACGAGAGCUCAAUUCCUAAACAGCGCCCGUGGGCGUGGAAAUUUCUACAGGUGAUUUAAUAACAGUGCACAAAUUAAAGAACACAGAAGCAACAUCUCAUUUACGUAUCAACCAACAAAAUAUUCCAAGACCAGCGCAAAUUAGCGUAGUCACAAAUAAUGAAUAAAGAAAUGAAGACGCCACAGUAUGUUAAAAAUAACCAAAAAGUGAAGGGUUGCUAGAAGAUUUGGUAGGCCUGGAAUUGUGUGAAACUCGUAGUUAAGGGAUCCAAGUAA